AUGAACAAUUACAAUAGCGUUCUGAGCUUUGCGAAAACUCUGGAGGAAGAGGUCCCUACAGUCAACAUUCUGCUACUCAACGCGGGAAUCGGACUUCUGAAGCUGGAGCGGAGCCCCAGUGGACAUGAUUGUGUCACCCAAGUGAACUACCUGUCCAACGCCCUUUUGAUUGCUGCACUGUUGCCGUACCUCAAGGCAUCCUCAGAAACCUCUGGCGUUCCUUCUCGUAUUACUUGGGUAGGGAGUCGAAUGUACUUUACCACGAGUCUGGAGGAGAAAGCGCCUAUAAAAACUGGUGAAUCGGUGCUUGAGCACAUGGAUUCAAAGGAAUUUUUUUUUCCUAAAGAGAGAUACAACGAUACCAAGCUUCUGUGCGCCAUGUUCAUGUACAGUCUCGCUCAGCGUCUCGACAAAUCCAAGGUUAUCCUGAACAUGCUACUCAAGAACAGCUAUGGGCUGAGACUGUUGAAGAAAUGA